UUUUUCUCAUUAAUAUUAUUAUUAUUAUUAUUAUUAUUAUUGUUAUUAUUAUUAUUGUUGUUGUCUCUUUCCACGCAGCAGCAGAGUUCAUGUCACGGGUCAGCUGAUCACCUGCGCCACUUUUGCACUUUCCACGCACAGAAACGACACUUUGUGACUUUUCUUUUUUUUAAAAAAACUGUGCAGACUGAGUUCAUUCAUUGUGAGAAAACACACACACGCACACACACACACAGACACACACACACACACACACACACACACACACACAGACGCCUCUUGUCAAAAAAGAAAAUCCACGGCGUGUUUGGAGGAGAGUCCACGCGCACAGAGGAUCGUGGUGUUUGGACACGUUUCAGUUUGUUGGAGGAUCCCUCAGCUGCAGAUCCUUCAUCAUCCUCUUCAUCAUGCUGUUCGACAGCUUUGACCUGGUCUCGGCGCUGGCCACGCUGGCCGCGUGCCUCGUGUCCGUGGCUCUGCUGCUGGCCGUGUCUCAGCAGCUGUGGCAGCUCAGGUGGACCGCGACCCGCGACAAGAACUGCAAGCUGCCCAUGCCAAAGGGAUCCAUGGGCUUCCCGUUCAUCGGAGAGACCUGCCACUGGCUCCUGCAGGGCUCGGGCUUCCACGCGUCGCGGAGACAGAAAUACGGCAACGUGUUCAAGACUCACCUCCUGGGUCGUCCCCUGAUCCGGGUGACGGGCGCCGAGAACAUCCGCAAGGUGCUGAUGGGCGAGCACACGCUGGUGACGACGGACUGGCCGCAGAGCACGUCGACGCUGCUCGGUCCAAACUCGCUGGCCAACAGCAUCGGAGACAUUCACCGCAAGAGGAGGAAGGUGUUUGCUAAAGUCUUCAGUCACGAGGCCCUGGAGUCGUACCUCCCCAAAAUCCAGCAGGUGAUCCAGGAGAGUCUGCGAGUGUGGAGCUCCAACCCCGAGCCCAUCAACGUCUACAGAGAGAGUCAGAGGCUGUCGUUCACGAUGGCCGUCAGAGUUCUGUUGGGCUUCAGAGUUUCUGAGGAGGAGAUGAGGAAUCUCUUCGACACCUUCCAGGACUUUGUGGACAAUCUGUUCAGUUUGCCCAUCGACCUGCCGUUCAGCGGCUACAGGAGGGGAAUCCGAGCUCGUGACGCGCUGCAGAAAAGCAUCGAGAAAGCGAUCCGAGAGAAACCUCUGUGUCCCCAGGGGAAGGAUUACAGAGACGCACUCGAUGUCCUGAUGGAGAGCGCCAAAGAGAACGGCACCGAGCUGACCAUGCAGGAGCUGAAGGAGUCCACCAUCGAGCUGAUCUUUGCCGCCUUCGCCACCACGGCCAGCGCCAGCACCUCCCUCAUCACGCAGCUGCUCCGUCACCCCGCCGUCCUGGAGCGGCUGAGGGAGGAGCUGAGAGCGCGCGGCCUCCUGUACAACGGCUGCCUGAGUCCCGAGGCCGACCUGCAGCUGGACACCAUCGUCAGCCUCAAGUACCUGGACUGUGUCAUCAAAGAGGUCCUGAGGCUGUACACGCCCGUGUCGGGCGCCUAUCGCACCGCCAUGCAGACCUUUGAGCUCGACGGAGUCCAGAUCCCAAAAGGCUGGAGUGUGAUGUACAGCAUCCGGGACACGCAUGACACGUCCACGGUCUUCAAGGACGUGGACACCUUCGAUCCCGACCGCUUCAGCCAGGAGCGAGGAGAAGACAAAGAGGGACGCUUCCACUACCUGCCGUUUGGCGGCGGCGUCCGUUCCUGUCUGGGAAAGCAGCUUGCCAAGCUCUUCCUGCGCACCCUCGCCAUCGAGCUGGCGUGCACCAGCCGCUUCGAGCUCGCAACACGGAACUUCCCGCGCGUCAUCACCGUCCCCGUGGUCCACCCUGUCGAUGCGCUGAAGGUCAAGUUCUACGGCCUGGACUCCAACCAGAACGAGAUCAUGGCCAAGUCAGAGGAGCUGCUGGGAGCCACGGUCUGAGGGGCGGAGCUUCCACGAGUGUGGGGCGGGGCUUUGAUCAGUCAGGGGCGAGGGAGGGAGGGAGGAGGGGUGAGUGUUUAAAGGAGGAGUUAUCUUUUCUUCUUGGGUUGGAGAAGUCUCGAUGAUUGCAACUUUCCUCGGCUAAAAGGAAGACGCUGCCAAAAAAACCAAAACGGAAACUGAUCGUAGCGAUGCUCUAUUCUGUGUUGGUUUUUUUAAUUUACAAACAAAAUUUAUGUAAAAAGAAGCUAUAAUAUAAUUCGAAUGAGAAAGAAGGCUGUUGACGGAUGGAGAGAUGGAUGAAACAGGGUAUCAGAUGAAAGAAAAUGAUGUUCGGAGCAUUUUUCGCAUGUGCUUAAUCAAAAUCAAAUUAAAUGAGUUGUGUCGCAGGGUAAGAGAAAGGAAAUUGUAGUUUUAGUCAGAAUUGGUCAAUUUGUGUUCGAUUUAUUUGAAAAAAGAUUUGAAAGAAUGAAACAUUUUUUUUAGAUUUUCACCAAAAUGUCUAUUUUAUGAAAACGUAGGCAGUGAAAGGAAAUUCGGUGCCUGGAGACGUAAGCACAACAUUGAACGUAAAGGACCAAUUUCUGCUGUUUUUCCAUGACAAUUUCCAUUCCUAGAAACAUCAAGAGUUCCAGCAGAACUGUCCAAAAAUCGUACCUUUUUUAAAGAAAAAAUAAAGUAAUUAUGAGAAACUAAAAGACCGUCUUUAAAAAUAUACCUUAAAAGGAGAUUUUCUUGCGCUCCACAUUGACUGAAAGCGACAUUCAUUCUGUUUAGUUGGUGUGAACUCAGGUGUUGAUUAAAAAUAGUGAUGAAUAACAAAACAGAGACUUUCAAACGCUCAACGAAUGCACAUAAAAAAUGACUAUCGCAAAACUCACUCAUUUCAGAAUUUGAGCAAAAUUUGGAGCAGAACUGAACAAGUGAUAUUGAAACAAAAUUUGAGAAAAGUUUGAACAAAAUUCGAGCAUUUUUUUUAGCAGAAUUGGAGUGAAAAUGUCUUGCUUGAUGCUCUGCCCUAUCACGCCUAAGAAUUUUUCCCUUGUGCAACAACUCUGUCUACGUCUAGGAGACGAUGACAAAGUAAAUCAGUUUGUGAGAAUUCGCAGUCACACAACAUUACAGAAGGUGAAUUCAGGUCAGACGCUAAAAAAAAGGUCCAUUCCGUGCUUCGUAAACUCUUUGAUUUAUAAUAAGGUUGUGUUAAAGAUUGUGCUUUACGCUACGUUUAAAGAAAAAAAACAAAAAGGGAGCAAAUUCCUGAGCUGGAGGAGGAGUAGAAGAGACGGAGGGAUGCGGUGGAGGUGUAGACGACCUACAAACAUGCUGCUUGAGUGUUGCUUUGUCAAUUCUGUGUUUGUUUAUUGUUUGCUGUUGUUGUUGUUGACAGUCACAUUUCUAAGUUCUGUGGAGAAACGUUCCCGCCUUGCUGCUCCUCCGAUCAACGCUAAAAAUGCAAAACAGAGUCAUCCACGGUUUAAGCAACUUCUUUUUUUUUCCUUUUGUUAAGCUAAAGGAGAUUUGACUGUUUGCACAAUCAGGACUCUCCGCGUCCCGUGCGUGGACAGCUUUGACUUUGGCAGAAACUCUGGGACUCGAUUGUGGAACUCUGUCGAUGGGAGUUCCAAGUUCCCCGAACGGAAGCCCCAAAGCUUGGACCAGCGGGAUUUCAGGGGAGGGCAGGGUCUCACGCUCAAGAGGGCUUUUCUUAUUGGACGAUUGCCUUUGUCCAAUCGCGUUCCAGAUGGAUUCUGCCUGUGCCAGAUGUUGUUCACUCUUUCUACCAACAACACCACUGAUGUCUUUGUGAUAAAAUAUGAAAAUAGAUUUUUUUUUUGCUGCUUUCCUUGUGUAUAUUUUCUAAUUGAGAGUUAUAGAUUGCAAUAGUUUGGCCUUUCUCUUCCUUUUAUAUACAUACAUACAUACUGUAUAUACACAGACUUAUAUAUAUGUAUGUAUGUAGUCGCUGAUGGAAUUAUUUACAUUUUGUGAACACAAAAUAGAGCAUUUAUAGGUCAUAGUGUAUAUUAAUUUGAACAAGAUUGUUUUGUUUAGCAAGCCAUGGGGAAAAUCAGCUAUUUACGUUCUACUAAUCUAACCUAUUAAUGUUAUUGUACGAUUAAUAUUGUUGUUAUAAGAUAUUUGAAAAUGCUAUUUUUUAUUCUAUUACAGAUUUAGAGUUUUUAGACUUAAUAAGAUGGUCUUUUGGUAAAUAUUUGAUGUAUUUAGAAUGUUAUGUAUUUCAGUUAUAUUGUAAACAAAAUGUUAAUAUUGUUGAUUUGAUUACUGUAAUAAUUAUUUGUUUUGUU